AUGGGCAUACCCGAUCUCCUCAAUGUUUUCUCCAAGAAAAAGGAUUAUGAUUUUCUGGAAACUCUAGGUGCUGGAUCCUUUGGGACGGUUCGUAAAGCGAUUCAAAAAUCAACGGGCAGAGAGGUAGCUGUUAAGAUCAUCUUGAAGUCUAGGCUACAUGGUCAUUUAGAAGUUGUUGAACGUGAAGUUAAUUUAUUGAGUUCUGUCCGGCAUCCACAUAUUGUUGAGUUGAUUGACUCAUUCCAAACCAAACAUAACUUUUAUAUUGUAACACAAUUGGCAACUGGCGGCGAACUAUUUGACAGAUUAAUUGAGAAAACUUCAUUUACUGAAUAUGAUGCAUGCGAUAUUAUUUACCAGUUAUUAGAUGCGAUAGCAUACCUCCAUGAAAGGGGAAUCGCCCACAGAGAUAUCAAACCCGAAAAUGUUCUAUAUUUAACAAUUGACGAGAAAUCACCAAUUGUACUGGCAGAUUUUGGUGUUUCCAAACAGACCAACUCUCAUGAAAAGCUUACAGGUGUUGCAGGAUCGUUUGGGUAUAUUGCACCAGAGAUUUAUGCGAGUGAAGGGUACGGCGAACUAUAUGGACUAGGGCAAGGAGGCUACACAUUGAGCUGCGAUAUUUGGUCCCUAGGUGUAGUGGCAUACACACUGAUUGGAGGGUAUUCACCAAUACGUGCACAAAACCCACAGGACUUUUUGGAUGAAGUAAGAACCAACAAUUUUGUGGUUUUCCAUGAAAAGUAUUGGUCGUGUAUUUCUGAUGAGGCGAAGGAUUUUAUUAUUAAAUCACUAGAUAUUGAUAAUAGGAGAAGACCUUCUGCGAAAGACCUUUUAAAUCAUCCAUGGAUCAAAAAUCAUUUCAAGGGCAAAGAAGGUACAGAAGGCCAGAACAUUAUUUCUAAUAUCCAAGAAGGUUUCAACGCUCAUGCUAGAUUACGUAGAGCUGUUCGGUUAGUUAUUAUGAAGAACAAGUUGGAAAAGUUGAGGCAAUUACGUGCAGCAUCUGCUACUACAAGUCAGGAUACCGAAUUGGAGGAGGACGAUGCUUCUGAUUUUGAAUUUUGUGGCAACACUAAAGAUAACCGGUUAAUUGAACAUUUCAAAGAGUUGAAAGAUGCAGGUCACAGUGGUAUGCCUUCUAAUCUGUCAUCACCACCAACAACCACCUCUCAGGUAUCAGGAUCAGAGUCACUGCAACGCUUGAAAAGUAAAGAAUUAACCACUACCUUCCAAAAUCUAGUUAGGAUAGCACAAGAAUCAAAGGACCAAAUACGUCAAUACCAAGAAGAGGAAGAGCGAAAAGAGAGCGAAAACUCUAGAAGUCAGCAAUAG